UUUAUUAGGCCAUUGCUAAAAACGGAAAAAGAUAAAUAUUCCUUUUAUAGCCGUUCAGUCAAAUUAGGUAUCCUGAAUUGGGCUUCUGAAUUGAUUCUCUAGUUUUUAAGCAGUAGAGAACUACAGAUGGGGACAGAACUUAUUAGAGUUUGUGCUAAAGAAGAGACUGAUGAUAUUCUGCCAGUUCCACCAGGCUUUGAGUCUCGUGUAUCGUUUACCUUAAAGAGUGGAGAACUGGACAGUAGGAAACAUGAGGGUGCUAAUGUGAUUUGUUGCUCAGCCUCUGCUAGUACCUCUGAUGCCAGUCCAGUUCAGAAGGAAACCAGGUUGGCCAAUGAUGAAAGUACAAAGGUUACAAGGACUAUGAGGCGCAGACCUUGGAUAAACUAUGGUGGAUAUGAUAACAAUUCAGGCAACGAUGCUGAUCAUGGAGAGCUUGAUCAAAAUCUAAGAUUGAGACUUAAUCUUCCUAAAGGUGUUAUCCGUGGCUGUUCAGACUGUAAUGAUUGCCAAAAGGUAACUGCAAGGUGGCGUCCAGAAGAGGCAUGUAGGCCAAAUCUUGAGGAUGUACCUGUGUUCUACCCAACAGAAGAGGAGUUUGAAGAUACUUUGAAGUAUAUAGCAAGUAUACGACCAAGAGCAGAACAAUAUGGAAUUUGCCGCAUUGUUCCUCCAUCUUCUUGGAAGCCUCCUUGUCCUCUUAAAGAAAAGAAUAUGUGGGAGAAUUCUAGAUUUGCUACUCGUGUGCAGAGGGUUGAUAAGCUUCAGAAUCGCAAUUCGAUGAGAAAAAUGUCAAAAGUUAAAAGGAGAAGAUGCAUGAGAAUGGUUGUAGAUUGUGGGUCAGGUAGUGGAAAUAUCUCUGGGUCCGCUGAUGGUGUAUUUUGUGAAGUGGAGGAGUUUGGUUUUGAAGCUGGCCCUGGGUUUACUCUGGAUAAAUUUCAAAAGUAUGCAGAUGAUUUCAAGGCCCUGUACUUCAUGCAGAAGGAAAAUGAUGUAAAUAUAGAAGGUAAAAUAAGCAUUCUUCCAGAUCACCACGAGCCUUCAGUUCAGAAUAUUGAGGGUGAAUACUGGCGGAUAGUGGAGAAAGCGACUGAGGAAAUAGAGGUCUUAUAUGGGGCUGAUCUGGAAACUGCGGCUUUUGGCAGUGGGUUUCCUAAGAAGCUAAAUCAAGAUGGACUUGCCUCCGAAGAAAAAUACAUAAAAUCAGGCUGGAACUUAAAUAACUUUCCCAGACUUUCUGGAUCUGUCCUCUCUUAUGAAAGCAGUGACAUUUCUGGUGUUCUAGUUCCUUGGUUGUAUGUAGGAAUGUGCUUUUCCUCCUUUUGUUGGCAUGUUGAAGACCACCACCUAUACUCACUGAAUUACAUGCAUUUGGGUGCUCCAAAAAUUUGGUAUGGUGUCCCAGGAAAGGAUGCUUCUAAACUGGAGGCUGCUAUGAGAAAGCAUUUGCCUGACCUUUUUGACGAACAACCUGACUUGCUCCACAAACUGGUCACUCAGUUGUCCCCUUCCAUACUAAACUCUGAAGGAGUACCAGUCUAUCGAUGUGUUCAGAAUGCUGGAGAGUUUGUUCUGACUUUUCCUAGAGCAUAUCAUGCAGGUUUCAACUUAGGUUUCAAUUGUGCGGAGGCAGUAAAUGUAGCUCCCAUUGAUUGGUUGCCCCAUGGACAGAUUGCUAUUGAGCUAUACCGUGAACAGAGAAGAAAAACCUCCAUCUCACAUGACAAACUAUUGCUUGGAGCAGCAAGGGAAGCAAUCAAAGCUCAAUCGGAACUCAAUUUACUUAAAAAGUAUACUUCUGAUAACUUGAGAUGGAAAGAUGUGUGCGGAAAGGAUGGAGUCUUAGCUAAAACUCUCAAGGCACGUGUCGAGAUGGAACUCCUAACAAGGGAAUUGCUUUGCAGUUCCUCUCAGGCUGUGAAAAUGGACAACAAGUUUGAUGCUACGAGUGAGAGAGAAUGCAGUAUAUGUUUUUUUGAUUUGCAUCUUUCUGCAGCAGGUUGUCAUUGUUCUCCUGAUAGAUAUGCCUGUCUCAAUCAUGCAAAGCAACUCUGCUCAUGUGCUAGGGGUGCCAAAGUUUUCCUCUUUCGCUACGACAUAAAUGAAUUAAAUAUCCUUGUUGAGGCAUUGGAAGGAAAACUAAGUGCAAUCUAUAGGUGGGCAAGACUAGACCUUGGACUGGCUCUGAGUUCUUAUGUCUCCAAAGAAAAUAUAAUGGGUGGUAGAAUAUCACAUGCCCUGGAAGUAAUACCUAAAGAGAUUCGGUCAAAACCAUUGGCAAGUUCCUUCAAAGAUUUGCCAGGAGGAAUGCUGAAAGAGGAGCCCUUAAUUUUAGCUCUGAUGUCUAAUCAGAUUCCAUUGCUGCAAAGAAAUAAUCUAUCAGAGGCUGCAUUACUACCAAAUGAUCCAAAACUCAAGUUUAAGAAAGAGGAUUUGGUUCUUUGUGCUUCAAACUUAAGCAUGACAGGUUUCCAAACUGCCGUGGAAAGUAGAGUGAAAAAACCUGCAGCUCCAGUAGAUGGUAAUGUUAUUAUUCUUAGUGAUGAUGAAGAUGAUGAACCAAAGAAACCAGUUUUAGAAAGAACAAAAGAACAACCUGCCGCUAAGCAGUCAGAAGUCCCAACGAGAUCUGUUGAAAAAAUGAGCCCAUAUUCAUACAAGAAUGAGCUUAUCUUAACUACCCCUCAAAUUGAUACUGCUGUUAUGAAUCAGAGGGAUGCCAGUUCCCCUGUUUUACAAAGGAAUAGUUCAUCUCAAUAUUGUCAAGGGAAAGAUGAGCAUACGGGAAAAGGCAUCGCGUCACUAGGAUCUAAUAACCCGAAUAUUUAUUGUUCUUUAGACUCUGGCGCUGCAGAGUCUGGUGGGAUUGUUCAGAAUUCUUCUAAUACUACGGAGAUGGAUGAUAGCAAGAAAAAUCCGGUGACUGUUGAAAGCAACCAUCAGAAACUGCUGCCGUUGGGCAGUGAAAAAGCUAUUAAGGAAAAACAUGAGAAUAUAGGAGCCAUUGUCUCAAAUUCAGUUGACAAUGCAAGAAGUAAUGUAGGAGGGCCAUCUUGCUCACAAAAUAUUCUGGGUAGAAAUUUUCGGCAGAAAGGCCCUCGAAUUGCCAAGGUAGUGCGUAGAAUCAACUGUAAUGUUGAGCCUCUGAAAUUCGGAGUUGUUCUCUGUGGGAAGCUAUGGUGUAACAGCCAGGCCAUUUUCCCUAAAGGAUUUAAGAGUCGCGUUAGGUAUAUAAGUGUUCUGGAUCCAACAAAUAUGGCAUACUAUGUCUCAGAAAUUCUGGAUGCAGGGAGGGAUGGACCUCUGUUCAUGGUUUCUAUGGAGAAUUUUUCCUCUGAAGUAUUCAUUCAUGUUUCGGCUUCCAGAUGCUGGGAGAUGGUGAGGGAGAAAGUGAAUCAUGAGCUCACGAAGCAGCAUAGAGUGGGAAGGACCAACCUCCCACCAUUGCAGCCUCCUGGAAGCCUUGAUGGCUUAGAGAUGUUUGGUUUUUCUUCACCAGAAAUUGUUCAGGCAAUUGAGGCAAUAGACCUAAAUCGAGUUUGCACGGAGUAUUGGGAUUCUCGUCCUUACUCACGGCCUCGAGUGCAGAUUUUACAACAUUUUCAGCCCCGUGGUAAUGGUGAGAACUUGGAGAGAAUAGCCGGGGAACAAAAUGCAGAAGCUGUUGGGAAAAACUGCUUGCUUGGUGGAGUUGACACUCUACUCAGAGACCUAUUCAAGAAGGCCAACUCUGAAGAACUACUUUCACUUUGUAGUAUUUUAAGUGACAAAAGACCACCAAUGGAUGUGGACCUGAUGGUUCAACUCCUGAACGAAGAGAUUCAAAGUCGUCGUUGAUGAUCAAAAUUCUUCGGUCAUGCAGAUAUGAGAUCAAGUCCGGUAUAACCCAUUUCCCCUCUUGUUUUUUGGUUUCUGUAAAUAUCCACAUCCUGCUUUCAAGCACUGCAUACACAUCUUUCAUUCUUUAGAGCCAAAGAAGAUUGAUAACCAUACUUUAGUUAGUUUCCUGUUUUACACCGAUCCAUACUCAACGUCGUCAAUACAAUGUCAUGUAAACAAAGCUCAUGCUAACUGAAUAUUUGAUAUUGGUGAGAAACCUUUUUAACUUUAUAAGAUUUAUUUAUUUAUUUUCUAUUGUAGGCUGCUGCAUUUACUCCU